AAUAUUUAGUCUAUGGUUUGGUCCUUAUAAAAAAAAGUUAAAUUUAAUGUUGACCUGUAAUGUUGACAUGUGUAGUCCAUGCUGUGAUAUGUGAUUAUGUGAUAAAUCUCUGUUAUCUUUGAUAAUAUGUGAUUUUAAAUUUGAAUGAUACAAGAUAAGCCGGUUCCCAGGCUAGUUCGGCAUGAAAUUUGAUGCACUUGUAAAAGAACACAAAAAAGAGGCAAACAGCAUGAGCAAAAAUGAAUGCAAAUAGUUUUAAAUAUGCAAUAUUUUUGAUGUGGUUAUGUUAUUUAAUAUCUACUUCAAUUUAUUUAUUUAACCAUGGAUUUCUUUUAACAAGAGAUGUGCUACACAAUGUAUCAUCAUAUUGUUUGCCUUACGAACAUCCCACAUGCCAGUAUCCAGAUUCAAGCAAUGCCUGUUUAAGUAACACAAGAUAUCCAACUUCUCUUUUAAAAGCCGGCGAUCGUGAAAAUCUAUGUGCAAAACCACAAGCCCGUGUGAUUUUAGUUAUUAUUGACGCCCUUCGACACGACUUUAUUGUCUAUGAUGAUAAAAAUCAAAAUAUUCUACCAUAUGAAAAUAAAUUUUCAGUGGUACACAAUUUGCAAAAUGCUUUUCCGAAUUUGACACGUGUUUAUAAGUUUAUUGCUGAUCCCCCUACAACAACAAUGCAAAGGCUAAAAGCCCUGACUACUGGCAGUCUUCCAACCUUUAUCGAUGCUGGUUCCAAUUUUGCAACCUACGAAAUCAAUGAAGAUAACAUUAUUGACCAGCUCAUUUUAAAUAAUUACAAUGCAGUUUUCAUGGGUGAUGACACUUGGAUGUCCUUGUUUCCCAACAGAUUUUUAAGAGCAUAUCCUUACCCAUCCUUUGAUGUAUGGGAUUUGGAUACAGUAGAUAAUGGUGUUAAAAACCAUCUCCUUCCAGAAUUAAACAAUGACGACUGGAACUUGUUAAUUGCACAUUUCCUAGGUGUUGAUCAUUGUGGGCAUCGAUAUGGCCCAAAUCAUCAGGAAAUGGAGAGAAAAUUGAAUGAGAUGAAUGACAUCAUUGAAAAAGUAACAACAAAAAUGACUCAGGAUGAUAUACUCAUAGUAAUAGGUGACCAUGGAAUGACUCUCACAGGUGAUCAUGGGAGUGACAGUAUUGAAGAGGUUACUGCAGGGCUUUUUAUAUACUCAAAACGCCCUUUAAAUUUGUAUAAUGAAGAUCAUGAUAUUGUUAAACAAAUUGACCUUGUGCCGACAUUGUCAGCUAUAUUGGGAAUUCCAAUCCCGUUCCAAAAUUUAGGAAUUUUGAUUCCCAAUUGCCUGCCAAUUUUGAAAGGUGAUACCUAUGGUUAUUCAAAAAACUGGCAAAUGAUAUUACAGCUAAUGUGGGACAAUCUUAAACAAAUUGAAAGAUAUGUUAGGGAAUAUUCGAAAAAUACUGGAACUUUUGACAAACAAACUUUAAACACUCACUUUGAGAAAAUAUCAGAUUUGCUGCAAACAUUGACCAGUAUUGAUUCAGAAAAAAAAAACGAAGAAUUUAUCGUCGAAAUCCACCAAUUUCUUAAAGGUGUAAGACGUUUAUGUGAAGAAGUUUGGAUUCGGUUUGAUACAACUUCAAUGCACAGGGGUCUAAUGUUUAUAUUUCUAACAGUCUUUUUGGUUUUUCUUAUCAGUGAUGGUAUACCCCUCAAAAACCUUGAUUUGAUUUUUAAAUCAUCUUUUUUAAACUGUUCAAUUCUAAGUUUGUUUUCCUCGUCCGCGUUGAUUGCUUUAUUUUAUUACUACGAUUUUUUUAAUAACUUGAUUCAUUUCUUAUUAAUUGCCACCUGCAUCGUUUCAUUUUGCACGUUUUCUAUCCUGAUUAUACAAAACUGGGAUAUUAUCAGUAUUAGUUGGUAUAUAAGAAGGUGCACCGAUAAAAUUGAUAAUAGCCUUUUUAAAAUUGUAUUAAUUUUUCUUCUAGUCAUUUCAUUCUCCAAUAGCUUUAUUAAUGAAGAAGCCAGUAUUAAUCUUUUUUUGCUUAUAUCAAUAAUACUUUUGGAAAUGCUGAAAAUCAUCUCCACGGCCUUAAGCCAAAAAGUCAAACAAAAAUAUGAAAAAUCAAUCAAUCACAUUUCUUGGCCACAGUUAAAAUUUUUUCUUCUUGGUUUGAUUGUUGUGGCUUCAAUUAGAUCGUCUAUGUAUUUUUGGAAUUGCAGGGCAGAGCAACAUUGGUGCUUUAAUACUACGCCUGAUAUAAAUAGAUUGCAGCCUAAAUUUGGAACUUCUAAAUUUCAAUGGUUUAUUAGCAUGGGCGCAUUAGGUUUUUUGACCAUAGCCGCUAAAAUGUGGUUGAGAAGUUGUGGAAAUCUAAGUGGCUACGCAAGUAAUGUUAUAUUCAUAAAAAUUGUACCCACUAUCGUUGUAGUCUGCAUUGCUGGUUAUUGGGUACUAAACCGUCUGCCUAUAAAAAAUUCCUCAACUCUGAAAACCGUAAAUUACUUGGCCCUUGCAGUUUAUGGCUUUCUGAGUUUGUUUGUAGUAACAUUAGUAAUGCGUCCUCUGUACGUUUGCGUUUUGCCAAUAAGAGAAGGCAUAACCGUAGAAUCAGAUGAGAAAAUAAUACCCCAAUUAUAUCAAAAGCUCAAAGGAAAUUUGCUAAUGGAUAAGAUUGAAGACGAAAAAAUCCCCAUUGUGUAUGGUUUGAGUACUGCAUAUAGUGCAGUAUUUAUUUUAUUAGGAAUCUGUCUAACUCUUCUAUUUAGCUUGUUGUUGGGAGAUUCUUUAACAGUAUCAACAGUUAUUAUGUUUAUGACUGCCCUGUUGGUGUUAAUCACGACAUCUUUAGUGAAACUUAGCAAAGCAAACUCUAUUGAAGAGCUGUUUUCAAUCCCGAAUACUUCAAUUUUGAGUUGGAUAGUAUUAGUCCAAUAUUUCUUUUAUGGGACUGGUCAUCAACCUUCCUUUCCAAAUAUAAUGUGGGAUGCAGCAUUUGUUGGAACUGCGGGCCUAACCCAACGAGUAUUUAUUCAGGGAAUGUUAAUUGUAAUUAAUACAUUCUGUUCGUACAUUUUGAUGGGGAUUUUGUUACCUUUGUUCAUCGUGUUCCCAUUUACACUGUUGGUUAUGUUGCCAUCUUUAACUCCUCGAAAAAAAGAAUUUGAUGUCGUUUUCAAGAAAGGAGAGUUAUUAAUUUUCGAAUACGAAGAUGUAGCGAGUACAAGUUUAUUUGUGCUUUCUUGUAAAUACGUAAUUGGACAUGCAAUUCGGGUAUUUGCUAGUAUGUUAGCUGCUACAAUCCAUUGCCGGCACUUGAUGGUGUGGGGUAUAUUCGCUCCGAAAUUAAUUUUUGAGUCGAUAGCUAUGAUAAUAACAUCCAUCUGCGUAAUAUUAGGAUAUUGUUUAUUUAUAAGAAUUAAUAGUCAAAUUUUCUAUUUGGUCAACAAAUUGAACAAAACCAGAUAAAUUUUAUUACUUUAAUCAUUUAUAUAGUCUUAUAUAAGUCGCGUUUAUUAAGUCUGAAUAUUUAUUUGUUCUUAUGUUGGUUGUAUAUUAAAUGUUUAUUUAUAAUUGUUUUUUUAUUGCAAAUUACAAACGUGAACUUUCCCCAGUACCGCACAAAUUUUUAAGUAGUUUGGAGUGACUAGUCAUAGCAGAUCGUUGGGCAAGAUCCUUUAAAUGGAUAUAUUAAAUUUUACCGGCAGCCAGUUUCCUAUUAAAAAUGGGU